AUGCCGAGCAUUAGAGCUCCAGCUGCGAAGAAGACCACCACACUCACGGUCGCUGUGAAAUGUAGACCGUUGAUGGAGAAAGAACGAGGAAGAGACAUUGUUCGAGUGAAUAACUCUAAGGAGGUGAUUGUGUUGGAUCCUGACUUAUCGAAGGAUUACCUUGACCGAAUUCAGAAUCGAACCAAAGAGAAGAAGUAUUGUUUUGAUCAUGCAUUUGGCCCUGAGAGCACCAACAAGAAUGUUUAUAGGAGUAUGUCUUCUGUGAUCUCUGGGGUUGUCCAUGGACUCAAUGCUACAGUGUUUGCCUAUGGUUCCACUGGCAGCGGCAAAACAUAUACAAUGGUUGGAACUCGGAGUGAUCCUGGAUUGAUGGUUCUCAGCCUGAAUACCAUAUUUGAUAUGAUUAAGAGUGACAGCAGCUCAGAUGAGUUUGAAGUGACUUGCUCAUAUCUUGAAGUCUACAAUGAAGUUAUCUAUGAUUUGCUUGAAAAAUCCUCUGGUCAUUUGGAGCUCAGAGAGGAUCCAGAGCAAGGGAUAGUAGUUGCAGGCCUGCGAUCAAUCAAGGUCUAUUCUGCAGAUCGGAUUCUUGAGCUUCUGAACUUAGGGAACAGUAGACGAAAAACUGAGAGCACGGAGAUGAAUGGAACAUCAUCAAGAUCCCAUGCAGUUCUGGAGAUUGCAGUAAAAAGAAAGCAAAAGAAUCCAAAUCAAGUCAUGAGAGGGAAACUCGCCCUUGUAGAUCUUGCUGGCAGUGAAAGAGCAGCGGAGACGAACAAUGGAGGUCAAAAACUAAGGGAUGGAGCUAAUAUUAAUCGCUCACUCCUUGCACUAGCAAACUGCAUAAACGCUUUGGGGAAGCAACACAAAAAGGGUCUUGCUUAUGUCCCAUACAGAAACAGCAAGCUUACGCGGAUUCUUAAAGAUGGCCUGAGUGGUAACUCCCAGACGGUGAUGGUUGCAACGGUGUCACCUGCUGAUAGUCAGUAUCAUCAUACUGUGAACACAUUGAAAUAUGCUGAUAGAGCAAAAGAGAUUAAGACACACAUUCAGAAAAACAUUGGUACCAUCGACACUCAUAUGUCAGAUUACCAACGGAUGAUCGACAAUCUUCAAAGUGAGGUUUCUCAGCUGAAGAAGCAACUAGCAGAAAAGGAGUCGCAGCUAAGCAUCAAACCUUUUGAAAGAGGUGUUGAACGUGAACUCUCGUGGCUGGAUGGUUUAAGCCACCAAAUCAGUGAAAAUGUUCAGGAACGUAUCAACUUACAAAAGGCAUUAUUUGAGCUUGAGGAAACUAACCUCAGAAACCGCACCGAACUUCAGCAUCUUGAUGAUGCCAUUGCGAAACAGGCGACAGAGAAAGAUGUAGUUGAAGCUCUAAGUAGCAGACGACAAGUAAUACUUGACAAUAUCCGUGACAAUGAUGAAGCCGGCGUUAACUACCAAAGAGAAAUUGAAGAAAAUGAAAAGCAUCGUUGCAAACUCCAGGAUAUGCUUAAUGAAGCAAUAAAUAACAACGGAAACAAAACUUAUCUGCAUAUCCUCAAUCAGUAUAAGCUCCUGGGAAUGGGUAACACCGAACUACAGUUCGAAAUGGCAAUGAGGGACCAAAUUAUCUACAACCAAAGGGAAGCUCAGAGAAACCUAUGGAACUUGCUCAUGGGUUUAGGAGUCGAAGAAAAACAAGUGUUUGACCUCGCUGCAAAACAAGGAAUCACAAUCGAAGACUGGACUAUGGCAUCGUAUCCGGGACUUCCUUACCGGAAACAGCCACCGAGUUUCGUACCUGCAAACAUCCCUUUCUUGGGCCACGCAUACUCUCAAUCCUCCUGCACUUUCCAGAGCUAUAACCAGGAUUCUUCUUCUAAAGGACAACAAUGGUCUCCAGCUCCUACUUUAUGCAGAGAGGAACAUCACAGCUCUUACUACUUCAUGGGACACGAGCCACCUGCGUUUGUCAAUCUUAGGAAAAGCCAUGACGGUUGGGUUGGUGGUGGCAGACCAGCUUCACGGAUCGACACAGGAGGCAAUCAUCGUCGAGUCUCAUAUCCACAAACUGUAAAGAAUUCUUCUCCACGGAUGGUCUCUUCCCAUAUGGCUCCCAAUUUCUACCAGACUCCUCAAAGGGAAAUGUUGGUCAACACAUCGAGUCCUUAUGGUAGUCCGCGAGCUGGAAGCAUCAGCGGCGGCACCACCACCACCCCACCCGUGCAACCUUUCUAUGGAAGUCCUCGAGCCGUUGCCGUGAGAAACGGUUCAUACAACAGCCCACGCGCCGCCAUUGCAGUAUCUUCAUCAUCCAAUGGUGCAAGAAACCAGCAACGAGUGUAUGGAACAAGCCCGCUUUCAGGAACCAAUGGCGUCAAGAACUCGUCUUACGGACAGAACAGCCACACCAAGUUGUACAGAGGAGCAGGAGGAGGAGGCAGUAAAGGUCACAGUAAAGGAAACAAAACUCAACGUCAACACCAAUGA